AUGGAUAUUGAUGGUGAAAAGAAAUAUUUUGUUGAAGCACUAUGCUUCUUUUACGAAACGCAGUGGCUACAUAAUAUACCAGUAACCGAAAUAUUAACUAAAACAUCUUUAGAUGCAGUCCCUAAAGAAUGGCUAGAACAAUUACAAAUUUUAGAAAAUGAAGAACUUAAUAAUUUUGUAGUGGAAAAAAUAAUAAAGCCUGCUUGGCCUGAUUCCUUAAAAACAUAUGUUGCAAAAUGUAAGAAAAUUAAUAGACUGCCACCCAUGCCUGCAUUGCCUUCGGUAGAACUACCGCAAAAUUUUAAAAUAGGUCUAAGCGAAAAAAAACAACAUGAAAUAAUUCAUUUAGCUUAUUUAGUGGACGUACAAUGCAAACUGCAUGAUAUACGAACGAUCAUUGAUUUGGGUGCGGGUUUGGGAUACGUAUGCCAAAUGUUACAUUAUUUAUACGGCUAUAGAGUUUUAGGAUUAGAAAGAGAUAAAAAGAAUAUUAGCAGAGCUUUUACUAGACAGAAAAAACUGUAUCCCGAUUCUUUGACUAAAGUUAAAUAUACGCAUUGCGACGUAACUUGUGAUUCGGCCGACGCAAUAGAAUCUAUUCUACAGCAAGAAUUUCCCGACGUUACAGACAUAUGUUUAAUUGGUCUGCAUGCCUGUGGAGAUCUCAGUACAAGCGCAUCAAGAAUCUUUUGCAAAAUGAAAUCUGCUAAACUUUUCAUUCUAAUUUCUUGUUGUUACCACAAACUUUCGAUUUCCAAAAGUGUGCAGGAAAAACAAUACUUCCAAAAUUUUCCUACAUCCAAUUGUCUGCGAGAAACAAUCGCGACAUAUAAUUUUGACGUAGGACAGUUCUUAAGAAUACCAUUUCUGCGACUAGCGUGUCAAGAAUCGGCAGACAAGUGGCAUGGAAUGUCCCAAGAGAAGCACGAUGAACAUUCCUUUUACGUUCUCGCUAGAGCUGUCCUCGAAUUGUAUUCACAACAAAAUAAUUACGUUCUUAAUAAGAAAGUUCGGAAAGGUACGAGAAAGUCGCAAUGUUCGAAUAUUCAAACUUACGUCAAAGACUCAUUAUUGAGAUACGAUUUAGUACCAAAUACGGACAAAACAGACGUAAUUACACGUGAACAACUGGAAAAGGAUAUAACGCGAGUAUGGGAGGAACAGAGUAGAAAAUUGAAAGCUGUAGAAAUCUACACCGGAUUGCAAAUGAUGUUACAACUUCCGACGGAGUCAUUUAUUCUACAGGACCGAUUAUGCUGGUUGCAUGAACAAGGCUUGAAGACUGUUAUUGUGCCUGUGAUGAACAAGUGUAUUUCUCCUCGUUCAUACGCGAUCGUAUCUCACAAAUACUGA